GCUGUUACCACUUCAGUCACGCCAGUCUAUAGUGCUAUUGGUACAAUAGAAUCAAGUCAUACAGUUUCUUCCAGCAUACCGACGAGUAUAAUACCCACACCAACAAGUACAAUACAGUGGUAUAGUAGUAGUUCAAGUAUUGCUACUAAGACUGAUUCCGGGGAAAGCACACUUCCUCCGCCGACCACGACACCACCAGGGUCUGAUCCAAUUAUGUAUCCGUAUGGAAGCGAGGCUAAUGACACACAGAUAACUGGAUAUUAUGAUUGGAAAUGUCCUGAGAUCCAGUUAGAUGCAAGAGGCAUGGUAUUUUUUAGAAGACGACACUACAAACUUUAUGUAUGUCGCAACGGAAUGAUAUCAUUCAUUCAUCCCUGGUACCGAAGGUGGCCCAGCAACUUUGCACAUCGUUUCUGGUUUGAAGAAGAAGCCAUACUUGCACCUUACUGGGCUUUGAUUGACAGAGUGUACUCAUUUCGUUCUGGCGUCUCAAAAGUGUUUUACCAUCUUUACAAGGACAGUGAUAAAGAUCCUGCAGCGCAAAAUAUACUAAGAAGGGCAGUGGAAGAUGUCAAUAAACACACUCAAAACAAUAUGUUACCUAAGGAAUUUACUAAUGCAACAUUGGUUCUAGUCGUCACGUGGGUCAACAUUAGACACUGGUACUCAGGGUGGAGAUCUGAAUUACGGGAUAAGUACAACACAUUCCAGGCCGUCCUCAUUACAGACAACGUAUUCUCUUUCGUCAUGUACAACUAUCCUAAAAAUGGCAUUCAGUGGUCUGUUCCUGCUGAAAGAGAGGAUUAUAAUAGAUACUGGAAGUCCAAGGGUCUGCCUGUAGUGGGCUUCAAUGCAGGACACGGGAAUGACAUUUACUACAAUCAUCCAAGGUCUGGUUGCGUAAUGGCCGUCGACAUCGACCAGAUAGAAGGAUUGAACAUCUUCAAAUCACCUGAUAGCCAUACCAUUAAAUCUACCCGGAAUGGAAUACGAGGAAGAGUAUUCAUUCGUCUUGAAGACUCGCGAGGAGAGGAGGACCACAGGCUUAGAUGUGUGAAAUGGUACUACCAACAAGGAGAUCAUCGCGCAUUUACGCAGUCAUUGCAACCAUGUCCUUGCAGUGAGUGGCAAGCACGGAGAGAUAGAAGAUUCAGGCUUACCACGUGGAGUUGGCCUCGCAUUUGCUACUACUCUCGCUUUCCUACCUCAUGGGGGUGGGGACAGGAGUGCUGUUACAAGUUUGAGAGAGCACAGGGCAGGUGGGGAUGGUGGUGGUGGAUAAGCUUUUUAGCUUAUGGGUUUCCGGAUGGAGGCAACGCGCACAGGUUUCAUAAGUAUAGGUACCCCACUGAAUACCAGAAUGAUGAUAAACAGGCGUAUCAAGACUGCUGUAUCAAAAGUAGCAUGUGCUGGAUGUACCAAGAAGUACGGCCAUCAGACACGUGUUCACGUUACGUCCCACCGAGAUGGAGUUGGUUUUGGGGCGACCCUCACUUUGUUACAAUGGACAGGAAGAACUACACGUUCAACGGUCUUGGAGAGUACGUCAUGUUGGAUGCUAAAGAUGGUUACUUUCAGUUGCAAGCCCGAACGAGCCUUGCUAAAGGAAAUGGUACUGCUACCGUGUUUACUGGAGCUGUAGCCCAAGAGAAUAAUUCUGUUCCAGUUCAAGUUACCUUGCCGUAUGAAAAUGAAACGAUGGAAGUUCUCGUAGAUGGAAAACCUUUUGAUUUCAAAAGCCUGACCAGUGAUUCUUAUGAUCUCAAUAACGGUUCUAUUACGGUCUCCAAGCCUCAGAAACAAUGCUUGGAGAUGACCUUCCCGUCAGGAAUGUCAGUAACAAUUUGCGAAAAACAGAACAUACUUUCCAUCGUCACUGCUGCUCCAGAGUCAUUCAAGAACAAGACAAAAGGUCUUCUUGGAACAUGGAAUGGAAAUCCUGAGGAUGAUUUUACUUUACCUAAUGGAACCGUACUCCCACACGAUAUGAAUGGCACAGAUAUUCACUAUAAAUAUGGAAUGGCUUGGCAAGUUACCAAUGAAACCUCGCUAUUUACGUACAAAGAAGGUGAAAGCUCCGACACGUUCCUCAAUAAAACGUUCCGUCCGAUGUUUAUAGAAGAAUUAAAGUUUUACAAUGAUUCGCUGAAAGUAGAGGCUGAAGCGAAAUGUCAAGGUGACGUAAAUUGCUUGUUUGAUGCGGCAUCGACUGAAGACGUGGAGAUAGGACUGAAUACCAAGCAGCUGAGAUCACAACUCGUCUAUGACUCCAAGAAAAUGAGCAACGAACCACCUAAGAUCAGCAAAAAUUCCUCAGUAAUAGAACUUACAGUCAAUACAACAGCUAAUGUGACUGUGGAGGUGACGGAUGCUAACAAUGAUUCGAUUACUUUGAAUGUCACUGGUCUACCUGCUGACGGACGCGUGAGACACUCAAACUCAUCUUAUUGGACCAUCACUUGGCACGUUACCACAAAAAAGCUUGACCUGCAGUUUAUCGCAUCAGAUGGUGAAUCUGUAUCCGCUUUAAUACCAAAAAUCUACCUCUGCGCAUGUCACCACGGAGGACACUGUGAAAAGCCAAGCAAGAUCACAGGCGCAGACUCAGGGGAAGAGAAGUUUAUCGAGAAUGCUUGCAACUGCGUGGAUGGAUACACGGGGAAGUAUUGUGAGACUGAUAUCGAUGCGUGUGAAGCAAAUCUAAACCCUUGUUAUCCUGGAGUAGAUUGCAUUGACUUGCCGCCUCCAGCUAACGUGACUGAUGGCUACAAAUGCGCAUCUUGCCCCGCUGGAUACUCAGGGCAUGGAGCCUCUUGUACAGACAUUGAUGAGUGUGACCAUAAUAAUGGAGACUGUGAGCAGCUUUGUCUCAAUAAACCAGGGUCUUACGAAUGUUCCUGCAAAAUCGGAUAUCAGCUCAACGCAGACAAGAAAACUUGUCAAGACAUAGACGAGUGUGUUCUGGCAAGCGACUGUAUGCACAAAUGUACAAACAUUCCAGGAAGUUACAAUUGUUCUUGCUACGACAACUUCAAAGUUAAACCAGGAGACUCAAAGCUGUGUGUUCCCGAAAAUCCCUGCAAUGAAGGUGAACACGAGUGCAAACAAGUUUGUUACAAACUAUCGGAUAGUCAGCAGAAAUGUUCGUGCUACAAAGGAUAUGAACUGAAGGAUGACCAGAAAACAUGCCAAGACGUGAACGAGUGUGCCACAAAGAACGGCUGUAACCAAAGAUGUAACAACACGAUAGGCGGCUAUUAUUGUUCAUGUCUUCAAGGAUUUGAACUCUCGAGCUCCUCUGACAACAAAACCUGUGUUGAUAUCAAUGAAUGCAUGGAGUGGACGUUCAACUGCUCAGACCCUUCCCUGAAAUGUAUGAAUACAGAUGGGUCGUACAAAUGCGAGUGCGAAGAAGGACUAUACUGGAAUGUCACGCUCAAGAAGUGUAUCGGCCUUAAGAAAGGACAAGAUCCUCCUCCACCUCCGCCAGCCCCCAAACCAAAGAAACCAAACCAGAAUGAGACAAUGAACGCUGUCAACAUCACCAUUAAGAACUUCAAUGCGUCCAAGUGGAAUAAGCCAAAAGAAGAAAAAUUCAAAAAGACCAUGGCAAAAGCUAUUACAUCAUAUUGUAAUGAGAAAGGUAACGAUUGCUCAAGUGAAGUAAAGGGAGCAAGGCGUUUCACAAGGCUCAUCACUUGGACCCAAGACGAUAUUCAUCUUAUGCCUGGUUUUCCAAUUCAAAUCAAUUUAAAGAAAUACCUAGCUUCCUCUCUAGUUGCACGCAUUGCUUUUUACAUUAAUUUUCCCCGAGCUGUCAUGCUACAGACCGGGAGUACUGUAAACAGUGAACUCGUGCUCAAUAUCUUGAAUGCCUUUGAAGAAGAUAUCGAGAGGGCUCUUAACGCAUCCAUCAUUGACUUUUCAAUAUAUAAAGAAAAGUCGAGAGAAGGGGAAAAUUUGAAUAGGGAUAAAGACAUGUUGCAUUUUAUCGUCGGAGCUGCUGUUGGGGGAACUGUCUUCAUUCUGUUGAUAAUCGUUCUCGCCGUCAUUUGCAAUAAGCGGUGUAAAAGGAAAUUAUUUCCCGCAGAAGACUAUCAAAUGAAGGAAGCUAGCUAGACGCAGCAUUAAACAUUGAGGCAUUUGAUGAACAACGUUAUUUCAACCAGGGUGUCCGAGCCCAACCCGUCAACUUCUCGUGGAAGUAUUAUGAAAGCUAAAAAAAGCAUUGAUAGAAGCUGUCCAGUAGCAAUGCCACAUUGUGAAUAUCCGACGUGUGCACUAAUGAUUAAUAAGAGUAAAUAGGGGUACGUCAGCCCUUAGCCUCAUAACAAUAACGAAAGAGUGAAAAUAGUAUGAUUUAGUAGAGGAUCGAUUGAUAGGAGUACGCUCAUAGUGAAUCUGCCUGGAAGACAUCAGAUUCGGAAUGAAAAUUACUUUAUGCACGUAAAAAAAAAACAACCAAACAAACAAACAAACAAAUUAAUAAAUUAAUAAUAGAAAU